GAUGACCCUCACCUAGCAUGAGGUCGGCUUUGACUAUGCUGCGCAAGUGGUCUCAGUCCCAUCUCCACCAUAUGUCUGUCCAGACUCAUCCCUCCACUGGGGCCUCCAAGGGCAGGGGCAGCUCCUCCCUUCACACUGCGCUGUGUCCCAGCCUGGGCCUGGGCCUGAUCUGCUCCUGCUUCCCUCUCUCUGUCUUGGCUCCAGGACCCUUCUAGGACCUGCGCCUUCUCACCAGGAUGAGCCUACUGGUUUCUUGGCAGCUGAUGCUGUUCCUCUGUGCUGUCUCCUUCAGGGAAACCUUAGAAAAGGUGGCGCCCGUGGAGAACCCUAGAUCCACCGGCCAGCAGCACAGCCCCCUGCCGCUUCUGGCUGCCUGGGAGCAGAGCCCACGCUGCACAGCCGGAGAGAGUGAGGUGGGGUCCCAGAAGCCAGCCUCGUGCGCACCCCGCAGUCGCCUGAUCCCAGCCCUGUGGGGUGCAAUGCUGGUGCAGCGGGAGAAGGACCUGCCUGCCUACAACUGGAACUCCUUCGGACUGCGCUAUGGCAGGCGGAGGUCAGCGUCCUGGAACGUUGCCCGCAGACAAGGGACUUCCAGCCCUGGGCUGCCAGGGACUCUGGGCACGCAGGGUGGGAGAAGGGGGCAGGCACUGGGAAGGGGCCUGGAGUUUCCAGUGCCGAAUCAAUAAAGGAAAUGCCACCAAC